AUGAGGUACUAUACAGAAAAAAGUGUUGAUCUCCAAUCCACUGGUGAGAGGAAAUUCUUGCGAUCAGAAAGGGUAGACCAAGCUACGGAGGACAUUAGGUCGAUUCAUCAAAGGUUACAGACCUCUAUAGAUCGCCAACAUAAUUAUGUUGAUCGUCGACGGAGACCUUUAGAAUUUGAAGUUGGCGACAAGGUACUGUUAAAGAUAGCUCCACUGAGACGAGAUAUGAGGUUCGGGAAAAAGGGCAAGUUGAACCCUAGGUACAUAGGACUGUUUGAGGUUCUGGAACGCAUUGGGAAGGCAGCUUAUCGGCUAGCCCUUCCGUCUGCGUUCUCUAGAGUUCAUGAUGUAUUCCAUGUGUCAAACUUAAGGAAGUACGUGAAUGACCCCACUCAUGUGUUAAGUUACGAUGAACUUAGUAUAGAUCCUCAACUAAGCUAUGAGGAAAAAUCGGUCCCAAUUCUGGAUCAGAAAGACAAGGUGUUAAGGAACUAG